CGAUAUGCGAUCCACCGGUAUUUCGGUAGCAUUACACACUACUACCACACGGCUUGAGUGAGAAACAUAAAAUAAGGCAAACAGCUGUAGCAGCAUCGCAGCAAGUGUGAAUCAUUGAAAAUGUCGUGGUAGUCAGUGUGUAGCAGCGAAUAUUUGCCCGAACGUGUUAGAAGACAAGUAUAUGCUGAAGGAAUAGACAUGAUAUUGAAGAUAUUCAUUAUGAGACAAAAUUCAUUCAUUUCGUGUUGCGCCGUUGACUUGUACGGACGCAGUCUUCGUUAUUCUUCAGUCGGAUCGGUGAGUCGUUGAGACAUGGCAUUUGCAUCGGUAGUUUAGUUCCUGCUGUCUGCUGGAGCUCAUCAGCCAGGAUUGGUUGAUCUUAGAGAUAUGCAGAAUUUGUUAGAGUGGAGAUACUUAUGUUUGAGAGUAGUGUUGAGUCGUGCUUUCAGAAUUUACUUCAAUAUCGAAUCCAAGGCGCGCCCACAGUGAAUAAUUGGUGAAGAAUUAGGAGAAACAUACAGUCUAUAUUUAACGCAGUGGUCUUGUAAAAUUCAGCAUUCGGUUGAUGUGUUUAGUUUUCUUAGCGCAUAUUAUAAACACAUUUCCGAUUCGAAAUACAAAAUCUAGAGCAAGGUUUAUUCUAACGUCUAGUUUUGAUGGUUUAUAUUGCUACACAAAUAAUAUUCAAUUGAAAUAUUAUUUUUGAUUUAUUUUGGAAUGUGUAAAAGGUGUUCAAUAUUGCAUUUGCAGAAUAGUGUAAUACCAAUUGUCGAACGAAAACUCAAUAGUUUCAUUGCUUCUAAGUAAUUAAAGUGCUUUAAAAUGGGGUCCUGGACCCGAAUUCUCGGCGGAAAUAUACUCGUCGCAGUUUUGCUAUUCAAGUUCAUCAUAGGAAUAAACUCUAUCAAGUCACAGCAUAGUGACACAGACUUAGUAUUUGACGAUAUAAGCUUGCUAUCUUCAACCGUUGAUGUUCAUGAUGAGCACAAAGUGCUACAGGAUCUCUCUAAACGCAGAAAUAACGACAUCGAUGAAGACAGUUUGUUUGAUUUGGGCGGCUUUGAUAACAACAAUAUUAUGAUUAACGAUGACAACAUCGAUGCCCAUGUUGAAGAUAGAAAUGACAGUGGUCGUGACGAGAAUGAUGCACUUGUUGACAACACAGCGGUUGGUGUGAAAAACCCUGAAUACGAGAGCCAAAGUUGGUUAGUGCGAAGUGUGCACAGAAUCAGACGCAGCAUCGGAAAUUUAUUAAGUGAUAAUGGUAGUUCAACUCGAAAGUCAGAGAAAAAAAAUAUUUCAAAAAAAAUACUCAAUAGUAGUAGUAAUGAAUUAAACGAGAAUAAGAAAAGCACCAGACUGAGAAAAGAAAAGCACCAAGCAGAGAAAAGAGGCAAGAAAAGUAAAAAUUCAUAUAAAUUAUCUCAUGUUACUGGUAAAAGACAACAAACACGAGAACAACCUCUACGACUAAAGAGGCAUUACGACGCUUUGGCAGAUGAUGAAGACGCAGUGUCGGGCUCGGGUGGACAUCCUUCUGGGUUUGAGUUUGAAUAUGCAUAUAAACUAGCUUUAACGGUAUUUGAAACCUAUAAUAAAGAGCUCGAUGAUAAAGAAAGUAUCCAAUUCAAACAUGUAGCGAAGGAUGUGGCAGAAAAAUUACAUACUUUGCUAAGCGACUUAGAUUCUGAGGCUGCGUUCAUUAUCACCGUACAUAAGCUUGAGCGCAGUCCGGAUAACGAGCGCGAAACAUUCGUCACAUUCGAAAUCAAUGCAGAUAAGAGCUUAUCAAAAACCGUUAUUGAUAAUUAUCUUCGUGCCGCAAUUGAACAUGGAUACGAAAACUUCGACAUGAAAGGAUACAGUUUAACUGCUGAAGGUGGUUUGGAAGAAGAUUACGGUAAUACAGACUAUCAUGAAUCAAUCAACCCGGAUAAGUCACAUGAUCUGUUCACCGAAAAGCCAUUUAUCAUCGAACACCCGUAUACAGAGUCUAAUGUUGAGCGAAUGACUGCAGUUUCUAGUGUUAUUACCUCGAACGGAGAAGACAAAGGUGAUCGAGAAGUCGGCAUAGUGCCACCGACGGUACCCGUAAUGAAAAGCUCAGUGGACGCAUCCUCCAAUGCCAUCACUCACACCGAGGAUAAGUGCCGUGGUGAUGACAAAUUCCGAUGCGGCCAGACCAAUGUAUUCAUCUGUGAAGUACAAAAAUGCGACGGGAAACGAGAUUGUCCAAAUGGCGAGGAUGAAAAUCCGGCCGAUUGUGCGAAUUGUACCGAUGAUGAAUUCAGCUGUGAUCCAGACCGAUGUAUUCCGAAGCACAAGGUGUGUGACAAUGAACGUGAUUGUGACGAUGGUUCCGACGAAGUCAAUUGCAAGUCCAUUGUACCACCAAUUCGAGAAUGCGACGUGGAUGAAUUUAUUUGCAAGGAUAGAAGUUGCAUUCCUUUAAACCAUCAAUGUGAUGGUCAUAAAGAUUGCCAACAAGGAGAGGAUGAAUUUAAUUGCUCGGCUACGCACGACCAUAACUUCUGUGCAUCUGAAUCAGAAUUCCAAUGCAACGACGGUCGUUGUAUAUCAAGUAACAAUGUAUGCGAUGGCAUCAAGCACUGCACGGACGGUGAAGAUGAGGACUGUGUAACCGAAGAAACCUGCACAUCGAAUCAGUUUAUGUGUCAGAAUGGCUAUUGUAUAGAUAAAUCAUACGUUUGCAAUAGUGUUCAAGAUUGUUCGGAUGGUUCGGAUGAAAGUAAUUGCUCUCGAAAUUGCUCAGAAGAUCAUGAGUUUACCUGUUCGGAUAACGAAUGUAUUCUUAAAGAUAGAAUAUGCAAUGGCAUAAACGAUUGCGUGGAUGGCGGCGACGAAUUAGGUUGUGACGAUAAUUCCCAUUUGAAGAAGUCAUUGGAUCAUAAUCCUGCAAGUGCUAGCCAUCAUCAUGUUCACCGCCAACAACUACCGGCACAUAGCAAUCGAUGCGACCGCGACAGUUUCGAGUGUCAAGACGGCAUCUGUAUAGCGGAUUACAAAAAAUGCAAUGGCAUAGUUGACUGUCACGACCAGUCCGACGAACUCGACUGUUCAUACGCUAGCGAAGGCGACGAUGAAAACUGCGAAAGCAACGAGUUCUACUGCGAUGGAAAAUGUUUGGACAAAAUUGUCCAAUGUGAUGGUAGAAUUGACUGUCAAAGCGGCGAAGAUGAAGAUAACUGUGAUAUAUAUGAUGAAUGUAAUGAAAACGAAUUUUCCUGUGAUGGAAUUUGUAUAAAUAAAGAAUCUUACUGUAAUGGCAUACCAGAUUGCGAUGAUGGUACGGAUGAAAAUAACUGUAUCAUAUGUCAGGCCGGAGCAUUUCAUUGCAAAAGUAGAGAAUGUAUACCUCCGGGUUCCCGUUGUGAUGGAGUUAUGGACUGUAACGAUAACAGUGACGAAUUAGAUUGUAACACAAACUCAUCCAACAGCAUAAAUGGCUCAUGCAACAGUGAUCAGUGGCAGUGCGACAAUGGCAUAUGUAUAAAUAACGAGUUCCGCUGCGACGAUCAUGUUGACUGUUCCGAUAGAUCAGACGAAAUAAAUUGCUUCUUCGAUCCACGUUGCACAGUCGAUCAAUUUAUCUGCUCGGAUGGAGCUUGCAUCGACGGAGAUCGUCGUUGCGAUAACAUCCCCGAUUGCACCGAUGGCAGCGAUGAAAGAUCCUGUGAUUAUCCAUCACAUAAUAAAGAUCGAUGUACCCAAUAUGAAUGUCUAGAUGGAACUUGCAUAGAUCUUUCAAAGCGAUGCGAUGGUGUUCGAAAUUGUCGAGAUGGAUCAGAUGAAAUCAACUGCCGUUCAUGCAAUGAAACUGAGUUUGCUUGUCUAGAUGGCUACCUCUGCAUAGACGCUGCUUUAAGAUGUGAUAGUUAUUACGACUGCAAAGAUUUCUCCGACGAACAAAAUUGUUUCGCGUGUCAUAACGAAUUCGAGUGUGACGAUGGUCAAUGCGUUCCGAAGCAUCUUGUCUGUAACAGACAUCCAGAUUGUCGAGAUCAGUCAGAUGAACGAAACUGUACCUGCUCCAGGGCUGAAUUUAGGUGCAGCACUGGCGAAUGCAUUCCGGAGUCCCGACGAUGUGACCUACGAGUAGAUUGCGCUGAUGGAUCCGAUGAACAUAGUUGUAAAAAAGACCGAUGUGAUCGUUACAUGUUUCGAUGUGAAAAUGGUCCCUGUAUUCCAAGGUUGUUCAGAUGCAAUGGAAAAGUAGACUGUCCAUAUGAUACUAGUGAUGAACUAGAUUGUACUGAUUACGCCGCAACAACAGAGGAUAAUGCAAGACUGAAUCUUCGCACAUACCCAGAUGAACAAAUUAUAAAAGAAAAGCAAAUAAUUGAGGGUCGCGAGGUCGUCUUCCAAUGUCGUGAUGAAGGUCCAGUUCGUGCAAAAGUUAAAUGGACUCGUGCCAAUGGUAUGCCACUACCUCUAGGAUCACGUGACAUCAAUGGUAGAUUAGAAAUACCAAAUAUAAGGUUUGACCAUAAUGGCGAUUACGUUUGCGAAGCCGUAGGGUAUACAAGAUCCACUCCAGGGAGCAGUAAAUUGGUUCAUUUAAUUGUGGAAAGAUCCUGGAGGAUUAAAUAUAGAAAAAAUCGCAUAAACGCAAUACAGUUUGGAACGAUCCCUCAUAUAGGGUUUGAGUUUUUUGGACUAGCUUGUACUAUUACUCAAGCUACUUGCAUGAAUGGAGACUGUAUAUCAAAAUCUCAAAUUUGUGAUGGAAACUUUGAUUGUGUUGACGGUUCCGAUGAAACAGGAUGUAGAAAAUCGCAGCGUUGUGAACCAAACGAGUACAAAUGCCGCAAUAACAAAUGUAUUCUAAAAACAUGGCGAUGUGAUGGCGAAUCAGACUGUGGUGACGGAUCCGACGAAGAAUACUGUGCCACUUCAUCACCUAAUGCUGCUUGUCGGUACGACGAAUUCCAGUGUCGUAAUGACCAGUGCAUUCCAAAAUCAUUCCAAUGUGAUUCGCAUCCUGAUUGUUUCGAUAAAUCUGAUGAAAUAGGCUGCAUGAUUCCCUCUGUAAUCCAGCCACCUCCACCGUUCCUAACUAUUUCUUCAGGUGGAAUACUCAAUAUCACAUGUCGGGCAACCGGUGUUCCUGUUCCGCUCAUUGUUUGGCGUCUUAACUGGGGCCAUGUCCCUGAGAAGUGUGUAUCGCUCAGCGAUAAUGGUUUCGGUGUACUUACUUGCAACGAUAUGCAACCGAUCGAUGCUGGUGCUUAUUCAUGUGAAAUUAUCAACUCAAUGGGUACUCAUUUUGUAUCCCCCGAUACAAUAGUAGUUGUAACAGGUAAUAAAACGGUAUGCCGGUCUGGUUAUUUCAAUAGCAAAGCAAGUAAUCCAGAAGAUUGCAUAAAUUGUUUCUGUUUUGGCGUCUCCAAUCAAUGUAAGAGUGCUGAUCUCUACACAUACGCACUAGCACCACCGGUAACUUCACUCACCAUUGUUGGUGUUGAGGGACCCUGGUCUGGACCGCGAAAAAUUAUUGAAAGUGAAUUCAUCAAUCACGAUUUAACAGUGACCAGACAUGGGGUUCAGUUACGACUGGCAAAUAUUGUACCCGGAAGACAAAUCCCUUAUUAUUCCCUUCCUGAAAAUUACAAAGGAAAUCAACUCAAAUCUUAUGGUGGUACUAUCCGUUACACUGUUGAAUAUGAUGGUACCGGUAGUUCGAAUAAUGCUCCAGAUAUAAUAAUUCGGGGAAAUAACUUAGUUUUGUUGUACAACCACAAUGGUCCAUUUUAUGCGGAUGAACGUAACGCAGUAUCCGCGACAUUUUUGCCUGGAGGAUGGCGUAAAGAAGAUAACUCGAAAGCCACCCGUGAAGAGAUAAUGAUGGUUCUUGCAAACGUACAAAGCUUGCUAAUCAAAAUAUUGUAUGUUGAUGGAGUAGAACGGAAUAUAGAGUUAUUGGAUAUUGCGAUGGAUUCUGCGGCAAACCGUGAUCUAGGAUUAGGUUCUGCCACACUAGUUGAAGAGUGCCGAUGUCCUCUCGGUUACAAAGGUCUUUCUUGCGAAAGCUGUGAUUAUGGUUACAUACGACAGAUCAGUGGCCCAUGGCUGGGUAGAUGUGUUGCAAAACCACAAGAAUGCCGCCCUGGCUACUACGGAGAUCCCACUCGGGGUAUUCAGUGUCAACCUUGCCCUUGUCCUGUACCUGGAGAUAAAUCAAGAGGCAGAACAUGCUAUUUGGAUAAUUACAACAAUGUUAUGUGUAAUUGCGAUAGAGGUUACACUGGCAACAGAUGCCAACAAUGCGCUUCAGGUUAUGUAGGAAACCCAUUGAGUGAAGGAUGUUCCCCUGCUCCAGUUACCAAUUGUAAUCAUGAUGGCACAAGUCAAAUACUUCCUGAUGGAAAAUGUAUAUGCAAAGCGGGUGUUACAGGAGUAUAUUGCGAUCGUUGUCAAACAGAGCAUUAUUUCAUGCACGAGAAAGGGUGCAUAGAGUGUUUCUGUAUGGGAGUUUCAAGAGCAUGUACCAGCACUAGCUUAUUCAGAGAUACUCUGCAGGCAACUUUCAAUGAUGGACAGUCUGGAUUUUCAUUAAUCUCGGAUUAUACUAACCCUGAAAUAGUUGCCACGAAUCUGGCUGUAUCAAGCAAGGAAAUUGUUUAUCGUAAUUUUGGCACCAGCGAUGACACGUUCUACUGGAGACUUCCUACUAAAUUUUUGGGAAACAAAUUGACAACUUAUGGUGGAUUCCUGAACUACACAUUACGUUACACCCCCCAUUCAUCCGGUGGUGCAUCCAGAAACAAUUCCCCUGAUGUAGUACUGCACAGUGGUAAUAAAAUUAAACUUCACCACUAUCGAAUCGACGGUUCCAUUUCACCUGUGGGUUCUAGUACGUACACCGUUCCAAUAUUGGAAGAUUAUUGGCAAAACUAUGAAGAUGGAAAUAAAGUACUGCGUCAGUAUUUGCUAAUGGCUCUAGCUAAUGUGAGUGAUGUCUUUAUCAAGGCAACGUAUAAUACAGUUUCCAACGAAGCUGCUUUAUCACACGUUAGUUUGGAUACUGCAUCAGAGCAUGAUUACGGUUCCGGUACACGGGCUUGGCCUGUAGAACAGUGUCAAUGCAUUCAAGGACAUAUUGGAUUAUCAUGUGAAGAUUGCGCCCCUGGAUACUAUAAAGGAGAUGGUGGGUUGUACCUGGGUCUUUGUGAGAAAUGUGAGUGUAAUGAACAUUCUGAUGAAUGUGAUCCUGUUUCGGGAGUGUGCCAAAAUUGCCGCCACAACACUUAUGGCAAUAGUUGCGAAUACUGUACACCACCUUAUGUUGGUAAUGCUACUGGAGGAACAGCUUAUGAUUGUUCUAUGGAUAAACCGGACCCUUCUUUUAACUGUCAACAUUGUGACUCGCGAGGUUCUACAGGCAGAUGUGAAGAGCAAUGCGAAUGUAAGCGGUUGGUCGAAGGUUAUCGGUGUGAUCAAUGCCGGGAAGGGUCAUAUGACUUGAGUAACCAAAACAUCAACGGCUGCCGUGAAUGCUUCUGUUCUGGAGUCACAACAUCAUGCAGUAAAUCGCGUUAUUUCCGAGAAGAUUUACCUGUUUUUAUCACCGGAGAUGAUGACGGCUUUUCUCUAACAAAUCGCGAUGGCCAAGUGAUAAUAUCCGGAGGAUUCGAUGAGGCUCCUCAUAGAAAUGAAAUUAGUUACAAUUUUAAAGACCGAGACACAUAUUAUUGGAAUCUCCCCGAAAGGUUACUUGGAAAUCAAAUUUUAUCAUACGGAGCAAACCUUACUGUUACGCAAUCAACGGUCGGUUUAGAGCCCAAUCCUGACCAAGAUAUCAUUUUGAUUGGCAAUGGUUUAAAACUUUUCUGGUCUCGGCCUCAUUAUGAGGAUGGUGUUUAUUCGGUUCCACUUCUAGAAAGUUACUGGACUAAUCUAGGCCCUAGAGGUCCAUAUCAGGCAAGUAGAAGUGAUCUAAUGACAGUACUAUCAAACUUGGAUCAUAUUUUGAUCCGAGCAACAGUUCGAGAUUAUACGACGAGGUCAUCCAUAAGCGACAUUGUGCUAGGUACAGCAGUUAAUAUGCAAACAGAUUAUGGGCCUGCCGAUGAAAUUGAAAUUUGUCGCUGCCCACCAGGUUAUCGUGGCACAAGUUGUGAACAAUGUGAUGAUCUUUAUUACAAAGAUGUAUUUGAUCGAUCAGCUGGAAUUGUAGGUGUUUGCAAGCCUUGUCCAUGUGAUAAUGCAGAAUCUUGCGACAUCGAUGGCCGAGGUGAUGUAAUGUGCAACUGUCUGCCGGGAUACACCGGCCCUAACUGUGAUAAUCGACAUUCCGGGGGUAGUUCAGUUACCCAUCCCCCUCCACAACCACUCAUCGAAGUAGUAGUUGCUGCACCAACGAUUCAAAUUGUAGAAGUGGGACGUAAUAUUCGGUUGGGUUGCACGGCUCGCUACAUUGUGUCCAAGACUCCUAUAGAUGUGCGUUGGGAUCGUAUUGGAGGUCGUAUGCCUGAAAGAGCUUAUACUGAAAGUGGAACUUUGAUCAUCACCAAUGUUCAGAUAUCUGAUAGCGGAACAUAUGUCUGCCAAGCUGGUAGUGGCCCUGAUACUGCUUACCAGCAGGUUACCUUCACUGUGGAAGAAGCUUUCCCAAGCUCGUAUCGGAGAAAGCUAGGAGUUUCUUCAUCCAGAAAGCCAGAAGUAACUAUUUCUACCGACGUGGUAGACCUCGACGAAUAUCGAUCGGUUGAUGUUAGUUGCAUUGCAACUGGCUCCCCAACGCCAGUUAUAACAUGGGAAAGAAUGGAUCAUCAUCCUCUUUCGACUAAUGUUAUUCUUGAAUAUGGUCUAUUGCGCUUCAACUCACUCAGAAAAUCUGAUGAAGGCACGUAUAGAUGUAUUGCUCGCAAUGAUAUCGGAGAGGCGGACAAAAUUCUACAUGUAUACGUACGUGAAUCCAGACCGUCUCAACCAACGCGUCCUGGCCAACAAUACGAAAUGAUUCAAAUCACUCCAGAAAACUACCAAGGUCGAACCGGUGAACAAAUCACUCUAUCUUGUGUGUGUCAACCAAGUGGUCAAAUCAAAUGGUCAAAGACAGGCGAACCUAGUUUACCGCAAAAUAGCUUUGUACAAAACGAUCUUCUCAUCAUAGAACAUUCCACUAUUGAUAAUUCCGGACGGUACAGCUGCACUGCCAUUUUCCCAAGUGGUCGCGAACGAACUUCCUUUGUAGACGUAGUGAUCGCACCUAUGCGACCAGAUCUAACAACUCCUCUAGUGAAGGCACUUGAUAAUAAACACACGAUAGUACAAGGAACUGAUUACACUAUAACGUGUGAAGCCACUGGAAAUCCACACCCUACCGUCAAGUGGACUCUGAGUGGUAAAUCGUUUUCUCCUAAUGUUCAACAAAGCGGAAACACACUAAGGAUUCUAAAUGCUCAACCAGAAAACGGUGGUGUUUACAUUUGUGUUGCUGAGAAUAGCGAAGGAAUGGAUCGAUCAUAUACUCUUGUUGACAUCGACCCAAUUGAUGAAGAAGGACGUGAACCCCCCAUUUUGGAAUUAUACCCAACUGAACCACAGGUUAUAAAAGUCGGUGAAUCAACCCGGUUAUCUUGUCGCGCAACUGGAGGUGUUCCGUAUCCCACUCUAACUUGGGUUAGAAGAGAUAGACGACCUCUGUCAUCUAGAAUUACUCAGGACUAUCCAGGUGUAAUCACGUUACGCGAAGUCAUUCUCGAAGACUCAGGAGAAUACGAAUGUAGAGCAGAGAAUUCAGCUGGCUCCGCUUCACUGUCGACGUCCAUAGACGUUCAACUUGCUCCGAUAAUCACCAUCUCACCAUCUGUUGAUGAGCACAAAAUUUAUGAAGGUGACGAGUUGAGCAUACAAUGCACCGCUAGAGGAAAACCAGAGCCAACAGUAGUCAUCAAAACUCCGUAUCCGGAAAUCGAUACUCGUCAUGUAUCUCGGACUGAAGCGAUUGGUGCAGCAAACAUAGAUAUUUUCCAAGCUGAAACAAAACACUCUGGAACUUACGAAUGUAUAGCCACCAGUCGUGCCGGAACGGAUUCACGCUUCAUUACAAUUCAAGUAGAGAAAAAACGUGGUGAUCUAGGACCCCACGACAAUGAUCGAGAUGUCUACCCUCGACCACCGUACACUGAUCGUCCCCAACAACAUACUUAUAAAGCAAUUCUAGGUGAACGCUCAGAGUUAGUUUGCAAUGAAGCUUCUAGUGGGGCGCGCACGGAAUGGCGGCGUUCCGAUGGACGACGAUUACCAUAUGGAUCGAUUCCUCGAGAUGGUCAUUUAAUAAUAGAAAGCACAGGACAUGAUGCUGCAGGUUUAUAUGAUUGUGUCGCUCACGAUAUUGCUUCGUCUCCAACCACGAUAGUGCAAAUUUCACUGGAAGUUAUCGAACCGCCACGUAUAACUUUCAGUCCAACUAUGCCAAUGAUCGUGCGCUCCGGUGAAACUGUUACUAUUAUUUGCAAUGCUACUGGUGAACAACCUAUUCGAGUUUCGUGGCACGGUGAGAACGGUCAGAGUCUUCCAGAGAGGAUUAGAGUAAGUGGACAGUAUCUGCAAUUCACGCAGAUCACUACUGAUGACGCGGGACGAUAUUAUUGUUCUGCAACCAACCGCCAAGGAAACGUUACAAAAGUUGCGGAAGUUAUUGUGAACCGGAAUGAAAUGAUUCCUGACAUUCCUGCUCACGGACGUAUUCACGAAGUAUACCGAGGAUCAUCAAUAUCGUUGGACUGCAAACUUCCCAAUAAUCAUUAUCUCCCUGGGCUGACGUAUCACUGGAGCCGCUUAGAUCGCCCUAUUCCGUACAAUAUAGUCGUAGAAGACAGAGUACUUCAGUUAACUCACAUUCGGGACGAAGACGCUGGACGCUACGAGUGUCGUAUGACCUACCCUAACGGUUCAGUGGCCUAUGAUUUUGUCGACGUGGCCAUUAAAGGUUCCGGAAGUACCAGACAAAUCAAUUUCGAGUGCACCUAUACUGACUACGCCUGCAAAGCGCCAAUUCUAAUUUAUUACACCUGUCUACCAUCAUGGAUGAUAUGCGAUGGAAAAUCGGAUUGUGCUGAUAAUUCGGACGAGAGCAACUGUCGCGUAUUACGCAGUGGGAACAUACUCCCCAACUUCUCAGAAGAAAAGGAUCAAGGCCAACGCCACUCUAAGCUAUCAAUCAUCGUGGAUCCUGUUCUGGCACGAUCUGCGUCUAAAUUUUUCGCCCCGCAAUCCCUACCCAUUCUUCGACUGGAACCAACAGUCUCCUAUCUAAAACCGGGUGAGUCCGUUGAAGUCGAUUGCACUUCUUCAGCCGGAACGCAUGUGCCAGUAGUAUGGGAAAGAAUAGGUGGAAAGCCGUUACCUUAUAAUUUUAGGCAAGAUGGCAACAGAUUGAUAAUACAGGACGUCACAGAACUUGACACUGGAAAAUACACAUGCGUUUGUCGUACUGACGAGGGACUGCAAUAUAUUUCAGAUUUUGAGCUGAACGUUAACCCUGUUAAACAACCAGAGACUUUACAGAAAACUGCAAAAGUUGAAUACGCUGAUCGAGGCUCAACAGUAAAGUUGCAAUGCAACACUGAUAUUUACCCUACAUCAUUUCAGUGGUCACGAGAUCGUGGGACAUUCAACGCCGACCAGAAUAUAACUAUUCCUAUACUUACUUUAACCGAUGUACAAGCCGCCGACGCCGGUACCUAUAUCUGCAGGGCUCGACACAAUGGGCAGACAGUUGAUAUAUUAACGACGUUGGUGGUGAAUGGGGCUAUUCCAUUCUUUCCGCAAUCACCGAAGAGUUACAUGGCGUUUAACAAAAUCGAUAACGCUUACUCCAAGUUUAACUUUGAAAUUUCUUUCAAGCCAGAAAAACUCAAUGGUUUGAUUUUAUAUAACGGACAACGACGACCUAACGGUGAUUACAUUUCGCUGUCAUUACGAAACGGAUUCCCUCAAUUCAAAUUCGAUUUCAACGGACAAUUGGUGAGCCUUCAACCAGAGAAACCUAUUCAUAUGGGACAGUGGCAUACGAUUAAGGUCAAUCGUGUCCGAAACAAUGGAUUCCUGCUGGUUAAUGAUCAAAGUCCUUUAGUCUUCCCUGAUAAACUCAAAUUCCACGGGCUGAACUUGGAUGACAACUUAUAUAUUGGAGGAGUUCCUAACUUUGCAAAUAUUCCAACAACCGCCUUAGAAAUUAAAGAAGGUUUUGUUGGUUGUAUUAGUCGAUUACUUGUAAACGGACGUGAGAUUCAACUUCACCAGGAAGCGAUUGCUAAUGAAGGAACUACCUCAUGUGAACCAUGUGCUGACGAUCCAUGCAAGAACUCUGGUGUUUGCCUAGAAACACAAAGCAAUAUUGGUUAUUCCUGUGUUUGUCAGGAAGGGUAUACUGGUAAGGAUUGUAUGAUCGUAGGCCAUAAAUGUAUGCCCGGUGCAUGUGGAGCAGGUCGAUGCGAAGAAACAGAGAUCGGUUCUGAAUGCUUCUGCCCUAUUCGUAAGACUGGCGAUCGUUGUCAAUACACGGAACAUUAUACAGAUGAUACAUUAGCCUUUAAAGAUGGAAGCUACGCAGCUUAUGAUAAAUUCCAAACAAAACGCAGUGUUAAAUACCGCUUUAAGCCUGACACCUUAGAUAAUGGAGUUCUGUUGUAUGCGGUUGAAAACGAAAAAACAUACGGAGACUUUAUUGCAGUAAUAUUGAAAGAUGGUUUUAUUGAACUGCGCUACAGCGUGGCGGGAAAAAUUCCACCGAUUGUUUUGCGAUCAACUGUUCCAAUUGAAAUUAAUCAAUGGCAUGAUCUAUCUGCUGGUCGUAGUCGAGGCGGGCUUGCUUAUUUACAAGUUGACGAAGAGUCGUUGCUCAAUGAACCAAAGAUCGGAAGAGCUACAGCAAUUGCGCUGAAAUCACACGUAUAUAUUGGUGGAUACGAUAAACGAGUGCUUCUUAACAACGCUGUUGGUGUAAACAGAGGCUUCGAAGGAUGCAUUGCUGACCUUGAGAUAUCUGGAAACUCCAUUGACAUGAUUGAUGACAUUAGAGACUCGGCAAACAUUUACAAUUGUGGUCAUAAAGCAAUUAGUAGUAACAAUAAUGACGAGAAUAAUGAAAUCGACCCAUGCAAGGCAGGUUAUGGUGGUGCAAACUGUAAAACCAUAGUUGACAUUUGUUUGGCACAUAAACCAUGUCAAAAUGGUGGCCACUGCAAACUCAAACAAGAUGAAUUGCAUUACAUAUGCGAAUGUCACUCCGGAUACCUAGGUCGGAAUUGCGAGCAAGUGUAUGGCACUAACAUAGGAUCACAUUUCCGUGGUGACGGGUUCUUAGAAAUGAACCCGAAAUCGAUAGUCACCAAUGCAGAUCAGUUUGAAACAAAGCUUGCGAUUAUGUUCAGUACUAACAGUUUAAACGGAAUGCUUUUGUGGUACGGUCAACGAAACGGAGAUAACUUUGACGGAGAUGACUAUCUUUCUCUUUCGGUUCAUGAGGGUUAUCUUGAAAUUGGAAUGCGAUUAGACGGAGAAGAGUCUACACUGCGAAACGAAGAAGUGUUUGUCGCUGACGGCGAACAGCACGUUGCGGUACUUACGCGCGAGGCUAACCGCAACAGGUUAGAAGUAGAUCACAUAUCAUCUCAUGGCGAAACAAGACCCACUGGAAAAACAAACAUUCAUCUUCCAGGAAACUUAUACAUAGGUGGAGCACCAGAUUUGAGUCGAUUCACUGGAGAUCGCUUUAACGAUAGUUUUAAUGGUUGUGUGUACGUGAUAGAAAAUCCCGAUACAGCUAGAGCAAUACCUUUGCAAAACUUUGCCAUCCGAACCGUCAACGUCGAUGUUUGUGAUGACCCGAAAUGGAUCGUUCCUUUUCUCUUGUAUCCAGAUUUAGAAGAUGGUGUCGACGUAUUGGGUCCUUUAGAAUUUGAUAAAGUAGAAGAACCUCCUCCUGUUCAUAUAAUUUAUCCCAGACCGUAUAACAAUGCUGACUCUACCCCUAGCGCUAGUCUAUGGUCAUUAUUUGUAGCUUUGUCAUACUUUCAAGUAUCUGGUACUUGGUUAUGAAAUAUCGUCACAGUUAGGCUAAAAAAUCCUAUCGACAAAAUGCGUUUAACAGAAUAAAUGCUAAUUCAAACGAAUAUGUAAAUAGGUUAUUUUAGUUUAUUGAAUCAAAAAUUCAAUGUAAAUAUUUAUGGACAUUCUCUUAAUUCUGUUGUUGGUAUAAUGGUGAUAGUGUCACAUGAAGAAGUAGAUCAAAUAUUACACCCUAAUUAAGGAACGUUAGUUACUGAUAAUGCAAUACUAAGUUACAAAUAUUAUGCCUCGAUCUAAAAAUAAAUCAAAGAAUAGUAAACUGUAAAAGAUAGAUUACUUGAUAAACUAAUAUAAGAUUACAAUACACAAUCAAACAGGGGAGUAUGUAUACAAGCGCAGUGAAAUUUCAGUUCAAAAACUUUAAAUCGAAUAUGCAUGGCCGAUCAGUCUGUAAUACAAAACUGCAAAUCCUACACAAACAACACUCAAUCGUGAGCUAAGGCUGCAAACCAUUUCGCGAAUGAUUUUAGCUUUUGGUUAAAAUUUGAUUUUUCGAAAAUAAAUUUUUAUCAAGUAGUUAAAGGAAAGUUAUUUGGGUUAAUUUUACACUGAAAAUAAAAC